AUGGCAGGAGGUGUUAAGAAACCCGUCAAUAUCUUCAGGUUGAAAAACCUGGGCGAACCUAAGAACGUCUUUAAUUGGCGUCUAUGGUUCGCCGUCAUCUCCUUUGGUCUUCUCGGCGCCGCCCGUGGCGUUGACGAGGGUCUCAUCUCGGGUGCCUUCAACUCUAAGGAUUUCCAACGGACUAUCAACUAUUCUUCGUACAGCGAGUCUGAGCAAACCAACAUCAAGGCCAAUGUGUCCGCCAUGGUCCAGAUCGGCUCAGUCGGCGGUGCUCUCUUUGCCUUCAUUAUUUGCGAUCGCAUCGGACGAAUAUGGGCUACCCGCCAGCUGUGUAUCCUAUGGAUAGUAGGGAUGGCUAUCUUCAUGGGAAAUGGCGGCAAUCUCGGCGCGGUCUACGCGGGACGUUUCAUCGCAGGUCUCGGAGUUGGCCAGACUCCUGUUGUCGGGCCCGUCUAUGUAUGUUGCAACGCAGUCGCCGAAAUUGCGCCAGCCUCCAUCCGAGGUCUCUGUACGUGCAUCUUCACGGGUUUCGUGUAUCUCGGUAUCGUCCUCGCGUAUUUCGCCAAUUACGGUGCGCAGGUUAACAUCGGUGAUUCUACUCACGCUAGAUGGCUUGUACCUACCAGUCUGCAUAUUAUCUUUGCUGGUCUUAUUUUCUUCUUGACCUUCUUGCAGUAUGAGUCGCCUCGUUACCUCAUCAAGCAAGGCAAACAUGAGCAAGCUACUAAGAACAUGGCCCACAUCCGUCACUUACCAAUUGAUGACCCAUACGUCGUUUCGGAGAUUGAAGCCAUUAGAGCUGCGCAUGAAGAGGAAUUAGAAGCUACCAUGGGCACUAGUUGGUAUGGUAUUGUCAAGGAGAUGUUCUGCAUCCCUAGCAACCUGUAUCGCUUGUAUCUCAGUUCGAUGGUGCAAUUCCUAUCUCAAUGGUCUGGUGCUGGUUCUAUCACUUUAUAUGCACCUGAUCUCUUCAAGAUUCUCGGCAUCACAGGUCAGAAUGAGUCUUUACUUGUCACGGGAGUGUUUGGUAUCGUUAAAUUCGUUUCUGCUGUGAUAUGCGCCCUUUUUCUUGUCGACGUUAUCGGGCGUAAACGCGCCCUACUUCUCGGUAUCUCGCUUCAAGCACUCUCCAUGCUCUACGUCGCGGGCUUCUUGACGGCGGUACCAGAGCUAGGCGUCGACGACAGCUACGUGCUCCCAGCAGCCGAGAGGGGCGCUAGUCGUGGCGCGAUUGCGAUGAUAUAUAUUUCAGGUUGCGGAUGGGCGUUGGGGUGGAACUCAAUGCAGUAUCUGCUCACUGCUGAGUUAUUCCCCCUACGUAUCCGUGCCCUGUCUACGUCCAUCGUAAUGACACUACAUUUUGCCAAUCAGUAUGGCAAUUCGCGUGCCGUGCCCAACAUGUUGUUACCAACUGGCCAGGGUGGAAUCUCGCCUUUAGGUACCUUUUGGUUCUUCGCUGCCGUGACUAUUGUCGGUGGAGUCUGGGUCUGGUUCUUCGUUCCUGAAACAGCGGGACGCUCCCUCGAGAGUAUGGAUCGCCUAUUCGAGCUACCGUGGUAUAAGAUCGGAUUACGCGGAAACGAAGACGCUGAACGAAAAGACGAGGUAUUUAACGAGAAGGUGGCCGUGGCAGGGGAAGUAGAGCACGUUGACGUGGUCGACGAGAAAAGACCUCGUGGAGACAAUCUCGCUUGAAGCAGCGUGGUGUAGGGAUCAAUUUUCGAUUAGCGGAAUGGAUUUGGAUACCUUACAUGAAUUUGUACGUAAAAAAUCAAAUAACCGAAUUCUUCAGCGUGCGAUACGCCACGUUCUGAUAUACGAUGACAGCACCGUGGAUGUCUUUCCUUUAACACAAGUCUGCCUAACGUUUACCUUUCAAAACUUGUACAGGCUAUCUUCGGGUUACAAAAUAGGUACUUCUGUGGGGGGUCUCAAAUAGAGAUGGCCCGGACUUACGGUAAGCCCUCGGAGUAGUAGUCAACCCGAUUCUUCAAGCCACUUCAUAAUUUAUCCCCCUAUUAGACAUCCUAAAUAACGCCACUAAGCAUAAACACCUCACCAGAAGUGUCACUCGUCAUAUACAGUCGCCCCAUCG